AUGGACCCAAAUCCCCGGGCAGCCCUGGAGCGCCAGCAGCUCCGCCUUCGGGAGCGGCAGAAAUUCUUUGAGGACAUUUUACAGCCAGAGACAGAGUUUGUCUUCCCCCUGUCCCACCUGCAUCUCGAGUCGCAGAGACCCCCCAUAGGUAGUAUCUCAUCCAUGGAAGUGAAUGUGGAUGCCCUGGAGCAGGUAGAACUUAUUGACCUUGGGGACCAAGAUGGAGCAGAUGUGUUCUUGCCUUGCGAAGACCCUCCACCAACCCCCCAGACAUCUGGGAUGGACGACCGUCCAGAGGAGCUGGGCCUGCCAACGGCCACGCCAGACAGGACCGCGUCCCGCACCUCCUCCUCGUCUUCUGAUGACUCCACCAACCUGCACAGCCCAAAUCCCAGUGACGGCGGAGUGGACACGCCCUUGGCACAGUCUGAUGAGGAAGAGGAUGGGGCCGAUGGGGGGGCAGAGCCUGGAGCUUGCAGCUAGCAGUGGGCGUCCAUGUAUAGACUGAGCAGGCUGGCUCUUCCACACAGGAGACGAGAGGCCCAGCCAGAGCCCUGUGGAGAAGACCAGACUCUUUACUUGCAGCAGGCACUGGGGGGAGGCAAGGAUGGUGGGAUGGUGAGCCUCUCUGGGAAUCAACCCUCCUGCUUUACUGCUAACCUUUCCUGCUGCGACCCGCCCCCCCCCCCCCCCCCCCGCCAGUUUUUGGCUUUACUCCUGAGGCAGGGCUUGCAGGCGCGGAGAUGGAAGAUGAGGUAGGACAAGAUGCCGCUGCUUUUCCUAGCGCCCCUGCCUCCCCCAGACUAUCCUGCAGUCUUCUGAUAGAGUCUCCUACACCAGUGUCUCUAAGUGGACGUGAACUCCUAGCACUGCCCGUGCGGUGGUAGCCCUGCUCCCCCACCCCCUGUUUGGGAACAGGGCACGGAAUAAGUAAUAAACAGAUAAUAAUAUA